AUGAGUGUAAAUCCAGAAUAUUCUAAUGGUUUCACGAAUGCUGGAAAUCCCCAACCCCCGGGCUCGGACCGCUGGGUGGAGAUACAGCAAUCCACUUUUACGAACUGGGUAAAUGAACAGUUAAGUCAGUACAGUGCUCGUUCUCUGACUAAUUUAGGGACAGACCUAUGUGAUGGAGUACACCUUGUGGCCCUGGUCGAGACACUACAGCUGAAGAAGAUCGGACGCGUGUACAGCAAACCCCAAGGUCAGAUUCAGCGUCUGGCAAACGUUUCACUAGCUUUGACCGCUAUCACGGAGGACAACGUGAAACUCGUCAACAUAGGUAACGAAGACGUUGUCAACGGUAACGUGAAACUCAUUCUUGGUCUGAUAUGGCACCUCAUUGUACGAUAUCAAAUUUCCAACCGGAAAACCAAAUCCCCACCCAAAAAGCUGAUGAUGGACUGGUUCAGGUUGACGAUUCCAGACCUAGAAAUCAACAACUUCAACAAAGAUUGGGAAGAUGGGAUAGCACUUCAUGCACUUAUAGAACGACUGAAGCCAGGAACGAGUCCGGAUUGGAGGAAACUACACAGCAAAAAUAAGGUCGAGAAUUGCCGCAGUGCAAUGGUGCUCGCUAAGGAAAAACUGAACAUACCUCGGGUUAUCUCCCCUGAAAACUUUGCCAGCGGUGACCUGGACGAGUUGUCGGCUAUGACCUACCUGUCCUACUUUGUCAAGGUGGAUUCGCCUGGUUACUAUGACACCCUAAAUUGGGUGUGUAAGCAGCUUCGUACAACAACCAUCACUAACCUCACGACCGAUUGGAAUAACGGUUUCCAUAUUUGUGCCAUUGUCCAUUCACUGGGUGGAGCUAUAGAAGGCUGGCCUGACCUUGACCUAAGCGACCACGAGUGUAACUGGCAGAAAGCUCUUGAUGGCGGUAAAGAACUUGGUGUCGAGCCUCUACUCAAAGCAAGUGAGAUGUCUGAUCCUAGUCUUGAUCAUCUCACAAUGAUGACAUAUGUCGCGAGGUUUCAGCGGGUGACACCGUCAAAAAGUGACAAAGACAAGGUCAAGGUCACAGCCAGUUUCAACAACAUUAGGACAGGGAUACAGGCAUCAUUCAGUAUUGACGUUAUGGACCGCGGGGUUAAGACUGAAAAGGUCAAGGCCGAGGUAAAGGGUCCACGGAGCCGGAUAGAUGCAGAUAUUCAGUGGCGGAAACAACAUGCAAACUGUAAAUUUACACCACGGGAGGCUGGCGAGUAUCAGAUUAUAGCAGAUACGGGAAGCUGUGUGUAUCGUGUACCAGGUAUGUGGGUUGUUCGAGCCUAUAUGGACGGAGAGGAAAUUCCAAACUCACCGGUUAACUUUGAUACAUUUGAUCCCCAAAAAGCCUGGUUUUCUGUGCAAGGAAGGGGUGUGGUUGACGAAGUAGUGGCAUGCCAUGUUGAUGUAACCAAAGCCGGAACAGGUAACGUUACAGCGGAGGUAACACAUAUUGGUAAAUCAACUCCUUGUCACGUGUCCAAGCAGGACGACGGAAAUUGGUCCAUUUCGUUCGUCCCGACAUGUCCAGGAUCCUUUUUUCUGAAGGCUGCUUUCAAUGGCACUAUUAUUACAGGAUGUCCAAAGUUGGUGGAUGUGGUGGACCCUGGUCAGAUUACGGUGACCGGUGAAGGAAUCGUGCGUGGCCUGUGUGGGAAGGAGUCCAGAUUUAUCGUGAACACUGGCGAUCUUGGAGGAAACAUAGUAGUCAUCGUUAAAGUGGGAGAUAUCGAGGUGAACACACGAUGGGAAGAAGUUGGAUCUACGGCACAUCAGUUUACGUAUACACCUCUACAGACGGGAGUCUAUACCAUAACAGUAAUUUGGAAUGACAUGUGUGUCCCUGGAAGUCCAUUUAAGGCCAAAAUUACAGAUAGGUCAAAGGUGAGACUGAAGGAUGAUUUGAGUGGUGAUAAAGAUGAGAAUGACUACUUAGCGUUGGUUUGCGGGACUGAUACUGUCCUACACUUUGACAUCAGUGAAGCUGGUCCAGGAUCAUUCAAUGCCGAGGUGCUGGCUCCUAGUGGCAAGUUACCUGUGACGCUGGAUCAGCCAGAUACGGACGAAGUAGCGGUUAGCUUCAAAGCAAAAGAGGAAGGUGAUCACUACAUUCACCUUUACUGGUCAAACGUUCCCUUGGACUCAUCUCCAAUUCUCUCGUAUUGUCCGGGACCCAUACUUCCCAUUGACCACACUAAGGUCAAGGUUACAGGAAAAGGAAUCAAGGAAGCUCGUGCUGGAGUUCGGAUGGAGUUUAGAAUAGAUGGAAAGCUUGCUGGUCCAGGUGUGCCACGGGUUGAACUACAGGGGCUUAAAUCCAGACCUAUAGUGGACAUGAAAGCACUGAAGUAUGACCGCUAUCAAUGUCACUACACUGCCCCGUCCCCAGGAGCUUACUUGAUGUACAUCUACUGGUCCGGAACGAAACUGUUUGAUGUGCCUUACAAGAUAUCUGUGUCCCACAGGGGUGCCGAGGGUAAGGUCAAAGUCCUAGGUCGUGGACUCAAGGGUGGAUUUGUUGGUCAGGAACUGCGGGUUAUAGUAGAUACAACAGCUGCUGGAUAUGGUGAAGUAGUUGCGGAUAUGAACGGAUUGUUGCAGCCAACACGCUGUGACAUCUUGGACCAGCAGAAUGGUAUCUAUACCUUGCGACUUUUCCCAACAGAAGCCUGCAGACACAGUCUUUCAGUGAAAUUUGAUGGAGAGCAUGCUCCAGGGAGUCCGUUCACCAUUCCGGUUGGAGAGCCUCCUGACCCUCGGAAAGUCCGUGUCUAUGGCCCAGGUAUACAAGACGGCUUGAUUCAAUCAUUCGAGAGCAAAUUCCUUGUGGAAACAUACGGGGCUGGCGCAGGACAACUUUCGGUGCGGAUCAGGGGCCCUAGAGGAGCAUUUAAGGUGGAUAUGGAGCGUGAACGACAAAAUGACCGCACUAUCCUGUGUCGAUAUGACCCAUCCGAGCCUGGUCAGUAUGACGUUAGUGUCCGGUGGUCAGGUCAUCACGUGAAUGGAAGUCCUUUUUAUGUGAACAUAUUGGAAACUAGAGAGGAGCUGUGCGAUUAUUUGGAAACAGAGAAGGGCAUUUCUAUAACCAUGCAGAAUGGUUAUGAAUGGACGGAAGACGUUUAGGGAUGUAGACCUACCGGUGAUAUAA